GUGGCGAGUCGGUGUCGCAUGAGUCCCGAGGCGGCUCUCUGUGUUCUGAGCGGGUUACCGGCGGCCGGUAAAUCACGGCUGGCGCGGGAGCUACGGGAGCGCGCACAGGCGCGCGGAUGGAGAACGCUGCUCGUGACCUAUGACGAUCUGAUCCCCGCGGGCGACUGGCGGCAGUCUGAAUGGAAGCAGUACAGGAAGACUGUUCUGAUGUGUCUGGAGAGAUUCCUUCAUCAGACUCUCUCGGAUCAGACUCACACGCUCUCAGAUAAGACUCACACUCUCUCCGAUCAGACUCACACGCUCUCCGAUCAGACUCACACGCUCUCCGAUCAGACUCACACGCUCUCCGAUCAGACUCACACGCUCUCCGAUCAGACUCACACGCUCUCCGAUCAGACUCACACGCUCUCCGAUCAGACUCACACACUCUCCGAUCAGACUCACACUCUCUCAGAUCAGACUCACACGCUCUCCGAUCAGACUCACACGCUCUCCGAUCAGACUCACACGCUCUCCGAUCAGACUCACAGUCUCUCCGAUCAGACUCACACACUCUCCGAUCAGACUCACACACUCUCCGAUCAGACUCACACACUCUCCGAUCAGACUCACACGCUCUCCGAUCAGACUCACACUCUCUCCGAUCAGACUCACACACUCUCCGAUCAGACUCACACACUCUCCGAUCAGACUCACACUCUCUCAGAUCAGACUCACACGCUCUCCGAUCAGACUCACACGCUCUCCGAUCAGACUCACACGCUCUCCGAUCAGACUCACAGUCUCUCCGAUCAGACUCACACACUCUCCGAUCAGACUCACACACUCUCCGAUCAGACUCACACGCUCUCCGAUCAGACUCACACGCUCUCCGAUCAGACUCACACUCUCUCCGAUCAGACUCACACUCUCUCCGAUCAGACUCACACACUCUCAGAUCAGACUCACACUCUCUCCGAUCAGACUCACACUCUCUCAGAUCAGACUCACACGCUCUCCGAUCAGACUCACACACUCUCCGAUCAGACUCACACGCUCUCCGAUCAGACUCACACGCUCUCCGAUCAGACUCACACUCUCUCCGAUCAGACUCACACACUCUCCGAUCAGACUCACACACUCUCCGAUCAGACUCACACACUCUCCGAUCAGACUCACACGCUCUCCGAUCAGACUCACACUCUCUCCGAUCAGACUCACACACUCUCAGAUCAGACUCACACUCUCUCAGAUCAGACUCACACACUCUCCGAUCAGACUCACACGCUCUCCGAUCAGACUCACACACUCUCCGAUCAGACUCACACGCUCUCCGAUCAGACUCACACACUCUCCGAUCAGACUCACACACUCUCUGAGGCUGAUGGAGUCUGGAUGAGGUUUGAGCAGAUGCGGCAGCAGCAGAGCGUCUCUCACAUACACACACUCACACACUCGCAGCCGCUCGUGGUUCUGCUGGACGAUAACUUCUACUACCAGAGCAUGAGAUACCAGAUCCAGCAGCUGGCCAGGAAGUAUGGCGUGGGUUUCUGUCAGGUGUUUCUCCAGUGUCCGCUGCACGUGUGUCUCCAGAGGAACCGGUGCAGACCUCAGUCUGUUCCUGAUGAAGUUCUGCUGCAGAUGUGUGAGCGAAUGGAGCCUCCGAACGAGAUCAGAAACCCCUGGGAGCAGCAGAGCCUGACACUGGACAGCGCAGAUGACAUCGCAGACGAACACAUACAGAAGCUGAUGGACUUGCUGGUGUCUGCGCUGGAAAACCCUUUGAGCCCCGUCCAGGACGAGUCGCAGCAGAAGGAGGCUGACAGACGGCUCUGUGCGUCCAGCGCUCUUCAUCAGGCGGAUCAGACGUGCAGACGACUGGUUUCUCAGACGGUGGCUUCAGCUCGCGAAGGCCAGGCAUCUCCAGACGUGAUGAAGGCUCUGGCUAAAGCACUGAUCGAGCUGAAGACUGUGUUCCUGCAGGAGCUGAAGAAGGAUGUUCUCCAUCGUGUCUCAGUUUUCCCAGAGGAGCCCGUCGAUGUGGAGAAGCUUCUGGUGGACGUGUCUGCGGCGUUCCAGCGACGCUUGCAUGAGAUCCAGUGCAAACACACGACCGCUUGAAUCCUGAUAAUGAACUAAACUGUGAUGAAGUCGUGUAUAAGAUGUAACUUCUCAAUAUUCUUUCUGUAAAUGCAUCUGUCCACGACUUGUUGCUGAUUUUCUUUUAGAGAUUCAUGAAGAGUUUGUGAUAUUGAUUGUUUUUCUUUACAAAGAUUGCAGUUCUGUAUAUUAAAUGUUUAUUAAGUUCACAUGA